AGCUAGCCCUUUGUAUCGCCCUCCCCGAGUCCAUGGCGAACGGCGCAGCAAGACUCCUCUUCGUGGCUGCGCUCGUCAUCAACGUCGUCCUCUGGUCACAUAGUAGACAUACUCAGUUCCACUCCGAGACUCGUUCCAUCCCUGGUCUACUCAAGCGAUCCCUGGAUGAUCUAGCCGUCGAAUCCAUUUGCGAGCCUCUCGCUCACGAUUCAUCCGCCCAGUGUGCCCAUGUCACCUCUGUCUGCCCCUCAUCCGAAACUGUGCUUUCCAUACCCUACCUCCAGCUCUACUUUUGCGCGUCCCUCCCCUCCCGCCCCUUCCUUUUCGCCGCCCUCCUGACCUGGCUCGCAUUUCUCUUCUCUACACUCGGCAUCGCAGCCUCCGACUUCUUUACCCCCAACCUUGCAUCUCUCGCCUCUCUCCUCGGGCUCGACGAGAACGUUGCUGGAGUCACCUUCCUCGCUUUCGGAAACGCUUCCCCUGAUGUCUUCUCCACAUUCUCCGCUCUUCAUGCUUCCGCCGGCGGCCUGGCACUCGGCGAGCUCCUAGGCGCAGCGAGCUUCAUCGUCAGUGUCGUCGUCGGCGCUAUGGCCCUUGUUCGGCCCUUCCGAGUCCCUCGCGCCCCCUUCUUCCGUGACGUGGGAUUCUUCGCUGCUGCUGUCAUCACUUUGCUUGCCAUUCUCUGGGACGGCCAUCUUCACGCAUGGGAAGCGGGUUUCCUCGCCUUCCUUUAUGUCAUAUACGCGACUGUUGUCAUCGUUGGGAGCUGGUGGACACGCAGACGCGAACGCCGGCGGCUUCGCGAGAUGCUCGCUCGUGCCGAGUAUGGAGAAGAGGAUGCGCCUGUGCUCGAUGCUUAUGAUGAUGAUCGGAACGAACCCACAAUCACACCUCUCACCCUGGUCGCACCCACACCCUCGCGACUGCGUGCGCUUUCCGCCCCUUCGCCACCUGGCUCUUUACUCCAGCCCCCAGCGCGUGGCCAAGACCUAAGCGCCUCCACACCUGGGCUCACCCUCCAAACUCACUUCGAAGGGAGCCGUUCGCCGUCGCGCACGCCGAGCCCCGCGCCUCUAUCGGCGGUAGGCAUGCCUAGCUUCUCGCUUGUCCGCGCGCUCGAGUUCCGCGAAGUCGUCGCGAGCCUGCGCGACCGCGCCGCCGCGCCCGGCCUCGCCGCGUUCGAUAGGCACAACAGCAUCCACAGCCACAGCACGCACACGGGGCUCGUUGCGGGCCACUCACCGCUGACGCCCGGUAGCCCGCUGGCGCACACGUCGGGCGUGUACAGCCAUGGCCAUUCCCCGCUGACGCCGUCGCAGAGACAGAGUCCGCAGCAUGCGUGGAGAUAUCCGCUGCGCACUGGAUCUGGCACCGAGCGAGAGCGCGAGACGGACCCGUGGCAUGUGGCACUGGCAUCGGGGCCGGAUGCGGUGCCGCUUCGUGAGCGCACGCCGACGCCGCGCGUUGAGCUGUCGGUGCCGGAGGACGUUGAGCGUGAGGGCGAGCUGUCUGCGGAAGAGAGUGUGGAUGGGGGCGAGCUCGAGCGCUCGCUGCUUACGGUUAGGGACGAAGCAUUCCACCGACGGUCCCCGUCACCACCGACGAUCCCUUCCCUCCCGUCCAUCGCUCACACGCCCGCAUCGCCGCACGCUCCUCACCUCCCAGACACCGAACACGAACCUCCCGCGUCGUUCUCGCUGUCCAUCCCCUCAUCCCCAUCGAAAUCGAAGUCAGGGUUGACGACCCGCGAGCAGAUCGUGUACGCGCUGAAAGGGACAUACCGCGUGCUCUGCCCGUCGCUCCAGCGCCUGCGGCACAAGACGCUCAUCGCGCAGGCAGCGAGCAUCCUCGCCGCGCCUGCGAUGCUCGCGCUCACGCUCACACUGCCCGUCGUCGUCCUCCCGCCCGCGCACGAGCUGCACGAGAAGCCCGCGCCGGGCGCACCGCAGCUCCCCGACGAUGCGGAUAUGCGGCUGACGGCGCCGCCGAGGGCGGAUGGCUCGCCGCCGGGGGACAUUGAGCAGCAGCAGCCGCGUCCUCAUUUGCAUCGUCGGUCCCGCUCGCAGCGCUCGCAUCUCGGUGUGCCGGGGAGCCCCGUCAGCGGCAGGAGCGGGGGCACGGGCAAUGCGAGUGCGAGUGGGAGGGAGUACGGCGCGUAUGCGGAUGAGGCAGAGGAGAUCGAGGCGGAGCGGGCGAUGCUCGCGGACGCGGAGGAGGCGAUGGCGCAUGCGCACGAGCGCGGUGUGGACGGGGAGAUGGUGAUGCACGAGGGGCAGUUUAACCGGUGGCUCGUUGCGGCGCAGUGCACGUGCGGGCCGCUGUUUUGUCUUGUUGUUCUCUUCAAUGGGUCGAGCGCGCUGCCGUGGUUGCUGGUUGCUGCUGCCGUUGCGGGUGUUGCUGUGGGGUCGCUCGUCAUUGCGUUUGGUCAUGGGCCGGAUGCGGGGACGACGAAGACGGCGCGGAUGGUGCGCUGUGCGGCCGGGUUCGCGGUUGCUAUUGUGUGGAUCAUGGCGAUCGCCGACGAGGUGGUGAAUGUGCUCCGGACGUUCGGCUUCAUCUUCGGGCUCUCGGACGCCAUCAUCGGUCUCACGAUCUUCGCGAUCGGCAACUCACUCGCGGACCUCGUCGCAAAUACUAGCGUAGCCGUGUUCGCCCCCAUCAUGGGCUUCUCCGCCUGCUUCGGCGGACCGAUGCUCAACAUCCUGCUCGGCAUCGGCCUCUCGGGGCUAUACGUCACGUCCGCGGACCCCACGCUGAACGGUGGCCCGCUGCAGCUGCCCCUGACGCCGACGCUGCUCUCGAGCGCGCUUGGGCUGCUCGUGCUGCUCGGCGCGACGCUCGUGUGGGUGCCGCUGCACGGGUUCUGGAUAUCGCGGAUGUGGGGUGCGAUCUUGGUUGGGGCGUACGCGGUGUUGAUGGCUGUGAAUGUGCUUGUUGAGCUCAAGUUUGAUGAUGCGUAGGGCGUUGGGUCUGUUUCUGUUUUAUCUUUUCCGGGGCUGAGGCCGGGGUCUGAGAACAGAGACCUGAGAAGUGCACGGUAUUGCUAGCCUUAUUGAUUUAUAGUGCAUUUGCUCAUGAUAUAUCCAAACACUGACAUUGCAAGCUCAAUGAGCUCGAUCUGGGAUUAUGGACUGUGCAUAUGUACAUCUGCAUCAUGAGCGUGCCGCCAUGUGUAUUAUUUUGCUUGAGGAUUUAUAAUAUAAUGAUAAUAUUUGAGGAACGGAC